UGUGUGCCAUUUACAUUUUGACGAAAACGACGUGAUAACAGAGGAUGUUAUCAAGUUAGCAGAUGGCACUGAAUUUCGUUCUAAAAGAAUCCGAUUUCGUCUGAAGGAUGAUGCUGUUCCAAAACAUUUUCCACAUGUGGAACCAAUUGCGGAAACAAAAAUAUUUGAACCACCGCCUUUUGAACGUAUCGCCGUGGACAAAGCUUUUGGAGAGGAAACAGAGUUCUCGAACAUUUAUAAGAAUUUCAAAAAAAUUCCCUUUCCAUCAUCUCUGUGGUUUGCGACACAAAAAAAUGACUUUCUGCUGUUUAAUAAGUGGAUAGAAAAUUUAGACUGCAACAGUCUGAGAAUUUUUUUACAUAAAAAUAAGGAAGUUAAUGUAAGCACUUCCUCAAGUAAUACACCCUAAUUAACAAAUAAUUAACAUUUAUGUUUUCAGAUUUACUUUGGAGAGAAAGAAGUUUUUCUUCAUGGAAGGAAUACUUUAGACAAAGUAAAUGACCUUAUUUUUUUAUUUGAGAUGCUGGACACUUUGCUUCCUUGCAUGAGAUGCACUCGACCCCGAGCUGAAAAUUGUAUUGGCUUCGUGCGAAUGAAGAAACUUGGCACCUCCGGACCACAAUCGAAAUAUUGUGUGGAGUGUAAGAAAUUGUGGAACCGAAAUCGGGUUAAGAAAAAUUUACAGGACCAUAACACAACUUUAAAAAUCAGAAAUGCUGAUUUAAAGAAGAAUUCCAAAUUUACAUCGCAAGCGAAGAAUCGUCUUGCCAAACAAGUUAAGAAAUUGAAAGAUAGCCUGAAUAUAUUAAAGGAACAAUGUGCCCAAACUACAGGGGAAAGUUUGGCGAAAGGGAUUGAGGAACUACCGCCAAAAGAACAAUUGGCUGUGCGAGCAUGUGUCAAUGCAUCGAAAAUUAAAUCGCCCAGAGGAGUGAGAUAUAGUCGGCAAUGGGUUUAUGAGUGCAUUUUGCUUAGAAUUAAAAGCAAAAAGGCUUAUAAACACCUUUGAAAGCACAAGGUACUUGCUUUGCCUUCUUUCCAAACACUGGAUAGAUGUAUGAGACGAAUGAAGAGCGCUUACGGGUUCCAAGAUAACGUCUUCGAAGCUUUAAAAUUAAAAACUGGAACAAUGGACCCCAAAGAUAGACACGGUGCUAUUCUUAUUGACGAAAUGAAACUGUCUACGGCGUUGACAUUCAAUUUUACUUUGAAAAAUUAUACGAAA